GUGGGCGAAAGAGUGCGAGAGAGAGAGAGCAGAAAGUGACACAUGCACUGCCCACUCUUUAUCACUAGCUGUCAGACAGAUGCUUGCGACAGUCGGAGAGGUAGAGUUUCGGAGAAAGACAACGGGGACUAUAGAACAGACUGAUCAAAAGACAUGGAGUGGCAGUCGAUUUUUAUCGCCAAUUGAGACCCGUUUGGUAAGAGUUGAGCUUGUUUCGUUCCUAUACACAGUGUUAUUUAUUACUCAUGAAUGUCAAUAUCGUUUGAACUGCUCUUGCGCAAUGGAUCCCUAAAUAGUUGCGUGUUUUCUUUAAGAAAGAGAACCGUUUUAUACCUUGGAGACUUUGGAAACUUUACAGAAGAGCAACAAGAGAAAUGGAAACAAUUUGGGGGAAAUCCACUGAAUCACAAUGAUUCAACAAUGCCAAACCAUUGGUCACAGACUUCCGUUCAAUGUCUAGUUUUGAGUUGUCAACUAACGUGAAUUCAACCUGAAAUCAACAAAACAUGUCACCAUGUCAUUGGAUUUAGGUCAAAAGUUGGGUGAAAAAAAUUGUUUUCGAGGUUGACUCAAGGACAUCAAAUUGACAUUUUUGCUUGAAAUGAGUGGAAGGAACGUUGAUUCAACCGGUUUUUGCCCAGUGGAAUGGGUCUUAACACUUACCAUAGCCUUUUCUGCUGCCAAAAAAGGGUGACUUUAAGAGCUUGAGGGGGCCCACCACAACACUGACAGCCUGACACACAACACACACACACACACUGAACCUCGAGUCAUGCUGUCGAACGAGAGCUGCGAGAACAGCACCCACAUCCACACGGACGGGAACCCGGUGGUGAGCACGGUGAUGUUCAUCCUGGGGGUGAUGGGGAACUUCAUCGCCCUGGCUAUCCUGGGGGUCCACCAGAAGGAGCGGCGCACCAAGUCCUCCGUCUUCUGCAUCCUGGUGACGGGACUGGCCCUGACUGACCUGCUGGGAACCUGCUUCCUCAGCCCAUUGGUGUUUGUGUGCUACGCCCGCCAGCGAUCCCUGCUGGGGCUCACUGGGGACCAGGGACUCUGUGGCCUCUUUGCCUUUGCCAUGACCUUCUUCGGCCUGGCCUCCAUGCUCAUCCUCUGUGCCAUGGCCGUGGAGCGCUGCCUGGCCAUCAGCCACCCCUAUUUUUACUCCAAGUGCGUCCGACGCAGCUUCGCCAAGGUGGCCCUCCUGCUUAUCUACAUCUUCACCUGCGCCUUCUGUGUUUUGCCAUUCUUCGGCUACGGCCGCCACAAGCAGUACUGCCCGGGCACGUGGUGCUUCAUCAAGAUGGAGGCGGUGGGCGAGGGGGCGGACGAAGAGAGGAAGGUUCUGGCAUUCUCGCUGUCCUACGCCUCGGUCAUGGCGCUGCUGAUUGUGGCGGUGUUUGUGUGCAACGGCUCGGUGAUCGUCAGCCUGUGCCGGAUGCACCGAAGCCAGAUGACACGGCGUGGUUCGGUGGGGAAUGGAGGGAGGAAGAGGAAGAUGAGUCUGGGCUGGUUCGGACAGGGGGAGGAGGAGAUGGACCACCUGAUGCUGCUGGCCUCCAUGACGGUCAUCUUCGUUGUCUGCUCCUUGCCGCUCACUAUUACCGGUUUCGCCAAUGCCAUCGAGCCGGUGGGUGACGACCAGGAGAACCUGCUGGCGUUCCGUUUCCAGGCCCUCAACCCCAUCGUGGACCCCUGGGUCUUCAUCAUCUUCCGCAAGUCUGUGUUCCGCCACCUCCGCUCGCUGCUGCGCUGCCGCUUUACGGGGGGAGCGGUGAAGAACACGGCCCACUGCACCUUCUCCUUACCCCCUGACGACCACAGGGAGUCUCCCAAGCCCUCACCCUCCGUCUCCCUGCAGCCCAAACUAUACUCCAGCCGGCCCCUCUGAUGUGAGGGGUGGGACCCGGCGCAGGAAAGAGGAUGGGAGUUAUGGAUGUAUGUAUGUGGGAGAGCAGACAAUAGGGGAAGGGGUUCUGGAUAGAGGAUUUGGAGAAUUCGCUUUGUGGACCACCAGCUCUUACAGGAGGUACCUUAUCCGCUAUUGACUAGAAUGCAUAUGCGUAUACUGAUGCAUGAGCUACAUAUUUCAUACAUGGCCGUGCUGUACAAAAAGACUGCAAAGGAGUGAAUAAAGUGAUUGAUUGUGCCUUUAAACUCACUGAAAACUUAACUCAAAGCAACUGAAAAUGACAGAAACUCUUGCUCCGUACUGAAUGUAUGCAGGAGAGGACCACUAAGAGGGAUUUAUUAUGGACAACCAGCCCUGGAGGGGAGUAACUACAAUGUUGUUGAUCCAUCCUCAGUUUUCUCCUAUCACAGCCAUUAAACUCUGUAACUGUUUUAAAGUCAGCAUUCAUGGUGAAAUCCCUGAGCGGUUUCCUUCCUCUCCGUCAA